AGGCUAUUUAGUCGGCCCAUUCCCAUUUAUCAGCAAAUGGAUGUUAGCACCUAGCAGCAUGAAAGGACACGUGGCUGGUGGAGAGAAGAAGUCGUCUUCAGCAUCGGACACCUGUCAAACUUUCAGUGGAUCUCUUAACUAAGUUUAAUACCACUUUCGCAUUGCAUCAGAUUCAGUUUCUCUUCCACAUUCCAAAUUUGAAACCACUCUCCAGCAAUUCCACACAAGAUGUCGUCACGUGAAGAGAAUGUGUACAUGGCGAAACUAGCGGAACAAGCGGAGCGUUACGAAGAGAUGGUUGAGUUCAUGGAGAAAGUUGCUAAGACCGUUGACUCUGAAGAACUCACUGUCGAGGAGAGGAACCUUCUCUCCGUCGCUUACAAGAACGUGAUCGGGGCGAGGAGGGCUUCGUGGAGGAUCAUCUCUUCCAUCGAGCAGAAGGAAGAGAGCAAAGGGAACGAAGAGCACGUUGCUAUCAUCAAGGAGUACAGGGGGAAGAUUGAAACCGAGCUUAGCAAAAUCUGCGACGGGAUCUUGAAUGUUCUUGAAGCUCAUCUCAUCCCCUCUGCUUCACCUGCUGAGUCUAAGGUGUUUUAUCUCAAGAUGAAGGGAGAUUAUCACAGGUAUCUUGCUGAGUUUAAGGCUGGUGAUGAGAGGAAAGAUGCUGCUGAGAGCACUUUGGUUGCUUACAAGUCUGCUCAGGACAUUGCGACUGCUGAGUUAGCUCCAACUCACCCUAUCAGGCUUGGUCUUGCACUCAACUUCUCUGUGUUUUACUAUGAGAUCCUUAACUCGCCUGACCGUGCCUGCACCCUCGCUAAGCAGGCAUUUGAUGAAGCUAUCGCUGAGUUGGAUACAUUGGGAGAGGAAUCAUACAAAGACAGUACGCUGAUUAUGCAGCUUCUCAGAGACAACCUCACUCUCUGGACUUCUGAUAUGACUGACGAGGCCGGAGAUGAGAUAAAGGAGGCAUCGAAGCCAGAGGGUGGUGCAGCAGAGUAACGCUGAAGAAGAGGAAGUCGGUUUAUAAGGGUAGAAACUUCCUUAUGUGAUAAUCUGAGUGAGGGAUAAUAAGCUCAGGAACCAGAUACUCUUUUGAUUUGAGUUUGUUUAUUUUGUUUGUUUGGGAAACAAUUUGAUAACUACUUUCGAAUUUGCGAUUGAUUCCUUGAAAUUUCCACA